AUGAACGGGGCCAGCACCUCCGUGGCCACGAAUGGAUACGCCAAAUAUCAAAUUCGGUCGACAGGUGAGAAUGGCAAAAACGAGAAGAGGACUUGAUCCUCGGACCAUGUUGGUGAUGGCCAAGGGCUUGAGCCACUGAACCAAGGGCUCUUUUCAAUUAUUUCACUUUCAGGGAUGCCACGAGUGCUUGCCAAUGAAACGGAAGUAUUCUCUUUGGAUGAUGCCGAUGAUUCGGAGGACGUAAAAGAGCGGAGGUGGGAUAGAAGAAGCCGCAUUUGGAAUGGCUUGUUAUAAGGCGCAAGUCGGUUCAUAGUCCGGCGCCGUUUUGAAAACGCUAUGACCGCGUUCGGAUUGAAUCAAACGUUGCGAUGCCAUAGAGUGCAAGUAGUCCUGUGCUCUUUAGAUUUAUUGGGAUAGCUGGACGCGUCACAGUUGCGUAGCGUUUUGGGGCUCAUGGGAUUUUGUAGCCGCCUUAGGAAUGGGUCUAUACAGUAGUUACAUCGUGAGCUAUUAAAAAGCAAACCAUUUUUGAAUUUGUUCUUUCUUUCACUAUGAACUUUCAGAGGAGUGACAAAAGAAGAGGAGAAAAGUCGUCUUUUCGACUGCCCCUUGGAUAGUGAUGAGGAAAAAGAUAAAGAAGAAGAAUCGGACAAAGGACAGUUCAGCCGGAGCAAUAGUUAGUUUUUUACUCAAUUUUUGAAUGGUUACCGUCUUUUUUCCUCUUGUUUUGCGAUGCUUGGUUUGCUCGAACGUGGUACAGUCUUCUGGAUUUGAGCGACUAUUUUUUCUAAUUUCAUAUAUGAAUCGCAAAAUUUUGAGAUUUUAGCGACUCUUUCGAGCGUUCCGUUGAUGAUUAUGAAGCUUCCUGGAAAACUGGCAGGGACAUUUUUGGGGCUUUUUCUAAUGUUAUUCUGAUGUUAUUCAUGGAGCGCAACUUACAUCCUUCGCUGUGUUUGUUGUCGUGCUGCUUGGUGUUGUUCAUAUAUCGGACUUCUCUACCGGCUAUUUUUUCAAAGAAAGCUGUCCCUGAAACGCGAAAAUUCAGACUUUUUGCGGCUUUUUUCUACAAGAGUCCGCUUUUCUCGUUCGCGCUUAACUGUUGUGCUGUGAAAAGGUGCCAAACUGAUUUUUCAAUCAAUUUCCCCUCCAGACAUCGGAGCGACCCAAAAAGAGCGUUCGAGGCUGACGGACUCGUUUGACCUCGAUGCCGACUCGCUCUCCGAUGACCUCGACCUCCUGCCACCUCUUCCUGGGGCUCCGAGCACCUCCAGCUCCAUUUGGAGCAAUUUCCACCGCUUUCACUGCUGCAACCCCCGAAUCCCAUCGAAGUGUACAAUUAUGUAG